AGAAGAGAAGGAAGCACCUUUUUACUCCUCCUUCGUAAUUCGCAGAGAAGAGAAGACUCUACACUGAGAGAGAGAGGGAACAAACACCAAAGCAAUGUCGCAACUCUUAUCUUCUCCUCCAAUUGCGGUCAACUCCAAUUCUCGCUUUCUCUCUUCGUCUUCAGUACUCGUCGCCGGCGGUUUUGCAGUGAAACGGCAUGGAUUCGCCUUGAAACCGACGACGAAGACGGUGAAGCUCUUCUCGGUUAAGUCCCGCCAGACGGAUUACUUCGAGAAGCAGAGAUUCGGUGACUCUUCUUCUUCUUCUUCUCAAAAUGCUGAAGGAUUGCCUGCUAGAUUUUACGUGGGUCAUUCGAUAUACAAAGGGAAAGCUGCGCUAACAAUGGAGCCAAGAGCACCAGAGUUCGUGGCUUUAGACUCUGGAGCUUUUAAGUUGUCCAAAGAUGGUUUCCUAUUGCUCCAGUUUGCUCCUUCUGCUGGUGUACGACAAUAUGAUUGGAGCAAGAAACAGGUGUUCUCGUUGUCUGUUACGGAAAUCGGAACUCUAGUUAGCCUAGGCCCGAGGGAAUCUUGUGAAUUCUUCCAUGAUCCAUUCAAGGGGAAAAGUGAUGAGGGAAAAGUGAGGAAAGUGUUGAAAGUUGAGCCUCUCCCAGAUGGUUCUGGUCACUUCUUCAACCUAAGUGUUCAAAACAAGCUUGUGAAUGUGGAUGAGAGCAUUUACAUACCAAUUACUCGAGCAGAGUUUGCUGUUCUUAUCUCUGCCUUCAAUUUUGUCUUGCCUUACCUUAUAGGGUGGCAUGCAUUUGCAAACUCCAUUAAACCAGAAGACACAAACCGUGCGAACAACGCUCCUCCUAACUAUGGAGGAGACUAUGAAUGGAAUAGAUGAUGAAUCUUAGGGCCAUAAUAGGAACAUAUAUCAGAGAUCAUCCUAGUCCUACCCUUUUUGUUUUGCUGAUAGGUUUCUUGAAUAUUGAUAUACGUUCGUAGGUAGCAGAAGAGACUAAAAGUAGUGUUACUUUUUCUUCCUUUUGACCAAAUGUGGAAGUGGAAAGCCAGAUUAUUUUGUGUUAAGCGGUUGUAUCUCAAAACAUCAGUCUAUUGCUUUGUCUGAUCUUAUUUGUUUUUGAUUGAAGAGUAAAUCCCAAUUUGAAA